UGCCCUUGAAGCCAUGGCAAGCCCUUCCCACAAAGAGCUUCCACCAGAGAUCGCCUCGGAAUCUCCAAAGUCUGGUGCCAAAGUCGCACCUGCAAUGAGUCGCCAAAGCCCCCAGAGUCCCCAGAGUCCAAAAGCCUCGGGAGCCUCGGGAGCCUUGGGCCACAAAGGGCGUCGCCCGUCCAUCACGUUGCCGAUGAAUCCCGACGGAUGUGACAUGGGAGCCUCACCACGUUCACCGGCCUCACCGGCCUCACGGACCUCCCGAACCUCCCGGGUGACGUCGGCAUCACAGGCUUCACCCAAAAGCGCCAGAAGUGUCAGAUACGAACGUCGGAACUCCAACGCAUCUGCCAUGGCGGAUGUGCCUGAGAUGGAAGCUUCCCCGAAAGGUUCGAAAUUUACUCGGACGAGCGUGUUUUUAUUUGUCUUUUACUUCGUGCUCAGUGCAAACGACGGCAUUGUGAAGUCCAAGUCAAAGAGUGUGAAAAUUGAAGGACAGCCAGAUGCCUUUCCUUACUCUUUGUCUUCAGUGAUGCUUAUGUCCUGUUGUGUAUCGCUGUGCACUGGCAUUGCCAUCGCAGUGUAUCACGACGGGAUGGAAGAAGGUCUUCGGAAAUGUUUGGACAUUGAUUCCAUCAAACGUGUGGCACCGAUCAAUGGACUUUUCCAGGUGGCUUUUGUGAUGAAAUUCGAGGCUCUCAGGCGACUGGACCCUGACAUCGUUUCGAUGCUGUCGCAAGCCAACUUGGUUUUAUUGGCCCUUGCCGCCAGAUUCAUCAUGGGAAGACGUUAUAAACGCCGGCAAUGGACCUAUUUGGUCAUGACAACUCUCUCGAUGUGGUUGUACCUCAUCAAUCGAGAUGGCAAACACAUGCUGGGACAGGGACCACAGUUUCAGCCAAUUCAGCACAUAACAGGCUAUUUUAUUGUGAUAACAAUGUGCAUCAUUGAGACAGUCGCGACUGUUUUAGCAGAAGCGUUCCUCAAGUAUUGGCAAGCCCCAGCAAAGAAGCCAGGCUCCAGGACCAGUAAGCCCAAAGGCGACCAAGGCAGCAGUGGCAGCGAUGCGGCAGCAGCAUGUGGGCAGAGUCCUGCCAAAGCUAUGCAUUCCGAGCAGAGCCCACAAGUAUUGCCAUUCUGGGUGCAGAAAGUUCAUGUGGAAGCCUCUGGCCUCUUUUUCAUGGUCAUGUGGAUUUUCGUGCUGCCAUAUUUCUUGCGCGGACCAGAAUGGGAGUGGAUUGUUUUGCAUUCUAGACAGAUUCAUGACAGUGGCAACGUUCUCGCUGGUUGGGACAGGUGGACCGUUGCUGUCCUGAUCAUGGUGAUUGUCAAAGCAUGGCUUGCAGGACUUGUUUCGAAGCUUCUCGAUUCUGUGAUGAAGCAGAUUGGCUCGUGUUUGUCAAUUCUGCUGACCUAUCUGGAAGUAGUCAUUUGGCUUGACCCUGCUGGAUCUCGGCCAACUCUCUCCACACUUGUUGCCUUGGCCAUGGUUUUGGUCUCAAUCAUCGCAUUUGCAUGUGAAGAAAGAAAGAGGUCCAGACCGAGGCGAAAAGGUAAUCAGGACUGGCCUGGAGAUUAUAAAAGUCUUUCCGCAGAUCCUGACACUUCGCGCAAGAAAGGGCUGGAGAGGCUGGACUCUCGGCUGGACUCUCGGCUGGACUCUCGGCUGGACUCUCCAGGAUGCGACAUGCGCCCAUUCCGCUCGAUGCGACCCCUGGACGGGCCCCACUCGGAGACUGAGUCGACUGAGCCUCAUGCUGAAUCCCUACAACGGUCUCGGCGCUAUCGAAGCGUACACAAAACAUCUUCUGAGGAUCAGCGGCACGGAGCCGACGGUGUUUAGGGAUCAAAACGGUCCUUGACUCUCCAUGAAGCCGCAGGAUCCAAA